AUGAAGUUCCCCCUUGCGACUGUUGCACUGGCUGCCGUUGCUGCUGCUUCUUCCACCAGUGGCAACCCUGCCCCUCCUACCGGCGGUACCUGUAACAUCAACGGCAAGAAUAACGGAAAGAUGUGCGCUGCUCAGUGGCAAAAUGGGGGCGGAACUGAGGGAUUUGUUUCUCUGGAUGUCAAAGUACCCAUCACUAACGGACAUAAGUGA